AUGAACUAUGUAAACAUGUCAUCGUCAUGCAUCAUGCAGGGAAGCCUCACGAAGAGGCUUUCGGGCGAUGCCUGGAAGGACGCGGUCGUUACGGCCGCCGUAUACACCGUCUUCAUCGCGGGCAUCCCCCUCGUCAGUGCUAACUGGCACCACAUCCAGGAGCAAAUGCAAGCCAGCGGCAUCACCUUCUUCUACAGGCUGGGGAACACUUACGAGACGACCAUCAGGUUCCAGAAACCGGUGAGUGAGUAG